UCUUUCCUUUCAUCUAUCCAUCCAGCCAUCCUUCCUUUCAUCCAUCCUUUCCCUCUGUCCAUCCAUCCAUCGGUCCUUUCUUCUAUCCAUCCCUUCCUUCUGUUCAUCCAUCGGUCCAAUAGUCUGCCUGUCUUUCCUUCCUUCCUUUUAUCAUUCCAUCCAUCCACCCACCAGUCUGUGCGUCUGCCCUUUUCUUCCUUCCUUCCUUCCAUUUUACUGAAGGUUUCUUCUAAAUAUGAUAUUUUUUCUGAAAAAUUUUCAUAAAAUCUGCAAUUGUCAACACUUUUUGUCUCUAAAUGUAAAUUGUUUGCCACAAGAAGAGUCUGUUUAAAGAUCCGCUGCACCAGGAAAAGUGAAAAAAAGUUUAACUUUGUUUUAACCACACUGUUUCUUGAUGUCUCAGGAGUGUUUUUUUUUUCUCUAUAACCUCCAUCAAGCUAAUAUUUGUUUCUGUUUUUGCACUCUCAGACAAUCAUUAUAUUGUGUUUUAAUUAAAUGUACUUCAUGGUUUGUGAUAUUUUGAAACUACUAAAAGGUAAAAGAUAGAUGAUAAAAGAUUUGAAAAUAUAAAUACAGAUUUAAAAAUAUAAAUAUGAGUUAAAAGCUAAAAUGUCAUUAAAAUAUGUAUCACUAUAUAAAAGUCAUGAUAAAUAUGUUCAGAACUCAUACAUACACAUAGCUAUGUACAGUAGAUAUUAUAAAUUGUCAGCAGAGCAGAAAACAAUUGUUUCACCACCAAACCAAAUUACCUGAAUCAACUUGUGAGCUGCACAUAACAAAAAAAUAUAUCUUGGGUCUUAACACUGACCCCUGAGGAACACCACAAGUAACCGAACUUGAAACUUAGUAAACAAACAUUUUCUUUUUGAAAUACAAGGAAAGAGUCCUUUUGGGGUCAAAACGUUGCUGGAGCCUAUAUAAGGAACCACGGGCAGAACAUGCAAACUCCACUCUGAAAAGGAACCAGUCGGGAUUUGAACCAUUGGAGAACAGUUGAGAAUGCAAACCACUACACCACCAUGCAGCUCUAAGUUUAUGCAGGUCAGUUUGAGAAACCAAGAAAAAAAUCUAUUUUUAAUGUUUACACUUUACUUUAACUUAAAAUAUUUCCUGACAAAGUUUAUAUAAGAAGGCUGCACAGUGGUGUAGUGGUUAGCACUCUAGCCUCACUACGAGAAGUUCCUGGUUAAAAUCCUGAUGUGGAGUUUGUAUGUUCUCCUCCCAUGCUUCAAAGAUUGAUUGGUCAACCAACAUUGUCCCUCAAGUGUAAAUGUGUAAGUUUGGGAAAAUUGAAGUUUAUAUAAAACAUUGCACUUAAAACUGUAAGUAUUAUUAAUUUUAGGUGACACAUGCAGGUAAAAUGUAUCAGUGCUUCCUUUUGCCCUACUACUACCAACAAGUCAAUCCAGACAUUCAGGAUUUUCUCAUCUGUCCACCAGCAGGAAACUUCAACAUGACAGUACUGAUUUACUUGUUUGAUCUAAUCACUUUACAUUCGUGUUCUAAAUACUACUAGCAUAAUUCGUGUUAAACCAACGACAAUACUUUAAUUUGACUGAAGAAAUGAAGGUAAUCCUCUGUUUUCACUUUUCUUUUUUGAAUUAUUUAAACAGCAACAGCAUUUAUGAGUGUCUUUUUCUUCAUCUGAAGUUAUAUUUUCGUAGCUUUCAGAUCUAGCAGGGGCUUUUUUUACGAUUGUGGCUUGAUAAGUAAAACCACAGAUGUGACGGAGGCCCCUUUCCUCCCCCCGUAGCUGUAAGGCAGCAGUGUUAUUCAUUUGCUGACGGUGUGAAAAAAGAACAAAAAAAAAACAUGUGGCAAUAACAGGAAGCAUCUCUGCAUUCAGAGAGACUGUCAGCCGCGAGCACAAACCCAUAUCUGGCCUGAAGAAUGAUCGGAUCAGACCACCACUUUGUUUUAGAGAGCUCAUUCUGCAAAGAAAAGUCUGAUAAGAUCUCAAAAUUUAGAAACGAAUCAACAGCUAUGCAAAAAAGUGCGACGACAGAAAAGUCUAGAUUUGAAACAAGUAAGCGUUUUAAUGUAAAAAUAUACCUUUAUUCAAUUUUUUUGGAUUGUUUUUUUUAUUUCAUUCUGUAUCAUUAGACUAUUUUAGUAAAGGUUCAAACUCUUUCUCAUCCCAGUAACCUGACUGAUCUAGAGAAGAUCUAUGUGGAGCAGUGGGCCAAAAUCCCUCCUGCAGCUUGUGCAAACCUUAUGAAAAACUGCAGGAAACGCUUGACCUGUGUAAUCAUAAACAAAGGCUACUGUGCCGAAUAUUAACACUGAUUUUCCCAGGUGUCAAAUAUGUAUUUAGAGCAGUAGCAUACAAAUAUUUUUGUUUAAAUCAUACAAUGUGACUUCUAGAUUUUCUUUUUAGAUUGUGUCUGUCACAAUGGACAUGCACUGAUAGAUAAAGAUUUCCAUGAUUUCUACAAAAUCACGGUGUUCAAAUACUUACUUAUACUUAUAUGUCUAUAUAUGUACAUGUAGUUUCCCCCACGUAUUCACGAUUCUUUAUUCGCAGUUUCGCAUAUUCUUGUUUUUUUUUUUUCCAGUCAUGCAACUCUUCCGGUUCAUCCAAAAAAUUUUGACAACUCAAGACACUUGUGGGAAUUUUUUGCGUUUGAAGGAGGUGGUGCGGAGCCCCGUCGAGCGCCCUCUCCUCCAUGCCCCUUCAUGGAGAAAUGGCAUAAGCUGACUGAGAAGCGGCACAAAAAAAAAAUUCUGAUUUGGUGAAGAAGAUAAUUGCAAAGGAUGAAUAUCAUCCGGAGCAGAUGCUUUUUUAUGAAGAAGGAAACACAUGCUACUGGUUUUAAGGCAUGGAGAGAUCUGAGAAAUAAAGUACAGUGUCGCUGCAGCUGUGGCUUUUGUUCUGAAUUUAAAAUAAAGAAAAACUAUGUUGAGUAAUACUCCAAUGUUUUUUAAUAAAUGUUUUAAAAAGCAUGAUCAGAAGUGCUCUUGAUUAGUAUGGACUGAUAGCAGACAUCCUUUGGGGGUGGGGGAUUCUCCGUAUUUGCAAAUUUGGCGAAUUCGCGGAUGACUCCGGUCCCUAACCCCUGCAAACAUGGGAGGUUACUAUGUAUAUAUAUAUAUAUAUAGAGUAUAUAUACAUAUAUAAAAUAUAUAAAAUACAUUAUAUAUAUACUAUAUAUAUAUAGAUAUAAUAUAUAUAUAUAUAAUGUAUUUUUUACAGCUAUUUAUUUAAGUUUUGUGUUGUCUUUGCAUGUGAGACCAUAAGUUACUAAAGUCAAAUUCCUUUUAUGUGCAUUCAUACUUCACCAUAAAAUCAGAUUCUAAAUCAGAAAAUUAUAUUUCAACAAGUUCACUUAUUAAACCGUCCUUAAUUAUCCUUUACUUUACCUUUUCUUUGACAAUAGGAAUAACAUACAAUCAAUAUGCUCCACUAUAGACAAUUUGGAACCAAAUGUGAAUUCUUACAUUAUAUCAAAGGAACAAGCAAACUUUUUGUAUUGCAACUGAAAGCAAAACUGAGUAAAAAUGUGAACAUUUGCACAAAUCUAGAACGUGAGCGUAACUAUAGAAACGAUUAAAUGCUGUUACGCACAUGCAGAAGGGAAUGGCAGAUAAGCCACGAGCCAAUAGAUCUACUUUGAACCGCUGCUGCUUUGCAUGGAGUCCAACUGUCACAAGCCAGCAAGAGCAACACAAAUGGAGAACAUCACUGUACAGGAAAAGCUAAAACAUGGAUUUUCUCAAGUUGCAGGGCUUUCUGUGACGGGCCUCUUGUUUUCCUGCUGAGUAAAGAUGCAUUUGUUUUACAUGCUGUCCUUCUGCCUGCUGAGAGUCUUCUGUCUGGGGAGCGCCACUGUGUCCAACAGCUUCAAGGACUGCAGCCAGUUCUUCUACAUGCAAACUCCCCCUGCAGGGAUCAGGGGGUCAAAUUUAAAGACGAUCUGCCAGACGUACGGCGAUAAACAGCGGUACGCCACGCUGUACGACCGUGGUCACCGUCUCCCGCUCUACUCCGCCUAUGUUUUCAAGAAGUCGGAUGGGCAGAAGAGAGUGGACACACCGUGGAUGUAUGAACCUCAGUUGGCAUCUGAAGAUGAAGGUGGGAACAUGAGGGUUCUCCCUCUGAGUGCAGACAUCCCAGCACUGGUAGAAGACAGUCAAGCGGUGUUGGAGGAUUACACCGAUGCGGUGGAGUACAGACGCGCUCCGCUCAACCCCGACCUGCACCAAGCGGAGCCUGAUGACAAGUCCUCCACUUACACCUUGACCAAUGUGGUCCCACUGAUCACAGACUUCCUGGAUUCCUCCUGGAACCCCUACUUAGAAACCAUCCGCCGACGCCUGAACAACUUCUGCCAUGGCAAGUCCUUCAUCGUGACGGGAGUCACUCUUCCGGGGAUCUCCAUCCGCCGAAACAACAGGGACCGCAUGACGGCACCAAAACACCUGUGGCUGGCGUACUGCUGCCCGCGGUUUGACCGUAACUCCCCGUACGAGGUCAGGUUCAUGUUCCCAAGCUACGGAGGUUACGCACUGAAUGAACAUGUGGGCUUUAACGUGGUCGAGGUGCCACUGAAGACUCUGGAGAGUUUUCUGAGGAACCAGGCUGAUAUUUUGAAGGAGAUGACAGUUUUUUAUAAGGGCUGUUUGUCAGAAAACACCUUCAAGAAGAAGAGGAGAGACUUGACAGUCACCCAACCACAACCAGAAGAACGAAGGACCCCUAACUUUUGAACUUGAAGACAGUGUUAAAAAGUCUCGACUCAUAUGUUUUGACUUAAUUAAACUCACAUUUCCAAUAAAAAAAAUGUGUCUAC